AAUAAUAUUAUAUCUAGUUGUAAUUCAGGUACCUACCCAAUAAAAUAAUGCAUUAAAUCAUGUGAUUCACUUUGAAAGAAAAUUUUUAAGUUAUGCACACUGUAUUUUACAUUAUUGUAAACAAACACGUUAGUUUGUUUAUAUUGAAAGGAAAAUAAAAGAGAUCACAAUGGUAAAACUCACACAUGCGCUCACCCUUGAUACCCCGUUGAAAGUAUUCAAUCAGACAAAAAGUAAGGUAGAAGGGAUAGAGUCUUCUAUUAUAAUCGAAAAAUACAUUGAUGAAUGCAAAAAUAAGAUCGCCGGAGGGCCAUUAAACAUCGAGAGCAUUGACAUUAACUGCAAAGUAAAUGGCAUUGAACAUCACACGAGUUUAUAUGAUAUUAUGUUAAAAGAAAACCCUGUACUAGUUGUGAGAAGAGGUGCGCCAUUUAGAAUGGUUAUUAAACUCGAAAGACCCUUAAUUACAGCAAGGGAUUCAAUUUCUUUUACAUUUUUUGUUAAAGUGAAAGAUUGUGAAUUUGCUAAAAACUCAAAUGGGAUGGAACAAUGCUUCUUACUCUUGUAUACCAGUAGAAUUAUACCAAUUAAGAAAACUGAGUGGAAAUCUAUCUGUGAUUAUGUUUCUCCUGAUGGGAAAACACUUUUCAUACAAGUUUUUGUCCCGUCUAAAUGUAUAGUAAAUAAAUGGAAAUUUUGCGUGCAUACUAGACAUGAGAACCAUUUUGUGAAAUAUCCCUAUAAUGACGUCAUGUAUGUACUUUUCAACGCCUGGUGCCCAGAUGAUGAUGCUUAUUUGCCAACGGAAGAAGAACGGGAAGAAUACAUAUUAAAUGACUUUGGCGCUUACUUUACGGGUACAGCAAGAGCUUUUGAUUUAAACAGAUGGUAUUUUGCCCAGUAUGAGCCAGGAAUGCUCGAUUAUGUCUUUUACCUAUUAAAUGAUGUAUUACAUCUUCCCCACCAUGAUUGUUGGAGUAUUUUAUCAAUUGUAAAAGCAUUUUCAAAUGAAAAAACAGAAUCAUUAAUCAUAGACUGUCCUUGGACUAGCAAUUACAGAGGUGGAACAAACCAAAUGAAAUGGCCAGGAAGCAAACUCUUGUUGGGCCAGUUUUACAAAACUAAAAAACCAGUCAAUCUAGGGCAUUGUUAUGUCUUUAACUGUCUACUAGUUUCAGUUUUUUUUUUAGUAUUCAGAGUUCUUGGAAUUGCAGCAAGGCCUGUGACUGGUUUUAACGUCUAUAAUUCUAUUUCAACAAAGAAUGUCCUAAUAGCAAACAAAUUUAUAAAGGAUUCAGGGGAGACGAUACCAGAAAUGUCUGAUGAAUUGAGCUGUCACUGCAACUGGGCAGAAGUUUUCAUGAAACGCCAAGAUAUUGGCCAUGAUUACAAUGGGUGGCAAUGGAUCGCUAGGCCUGAAGGGCCGACGUCAAUUGCAAGCCUGAAAAAGGGCGAAUUGGAAAAGCCUUAUUCUGGCCUCCUGUCAUACUUCACUCUUCACCCCUUGAUACUCAUCUGGGUGUUUUCGAUGGAUUGUCAAAAAUUAGUUCAGCACAUAUCUCAAGAUGCUAAAAUAGUUACCAAACGGGUGGGAAAGUGGUCAGAUCAGGAUAUUUCAGCAGAUUAUUUACUUGAUGAUGGUAAAGGAAUAAAUGCAAGUAUUCCAAAUCCAUUACUUCCUUUGUUUGAAAGCAGCACUGAAAUUUCAAUAUAUAAAAACGAGGAAGAACAAAUACAAGACAUAACAGGUUCAAUUAAAAUGAAAGAUGAGAAAAUAAUAGGCGAUUCAAUACUAAUCGAAUGUAAAACAGAAAAUUCGGGGGAGUGUGAAAAAUUUGUCGACGUUUAUGCAAGACUUGAAACGAUCCUGUUCACUGGAAAAGUUUACCAAGUUGUAAUGACAAAGAAGGAAAAAAUUCAAGUCCCUCCAUUCGAAACUCACACUUUUACCGUGUUAGUCGAAAAAGAUGAAUAUUUGAAGAAGCUCACUCCGGAAUUGCUUUUCAAGUUUGUUUUCUCUGUCACUGCCGAGGGCCAAACGGGUAGACUGUACGAAGAAGUGCUAUUCAGAUUAGCGCAUCCCAAACUAUUUCUUCGACUCAAAGAAAAUUAUCCAGUGGUUCAACAGUUCCAUACAGUAAUCGUUGACUUCAUCAACAUGCCCGCAACGUUUAAAAACACUCGGCUUAUUCUUGAAGAAAUGAUUAACAACAAAAACGUACUGUCAUUCAAAAAACUCUCCUAUGCGAACAAAGCCCCUGUACACAUCAGCUGUUCAGUGAGAGCGACAAAACCGGGGAAGUACAUGCUGAAGGCGACUCUUGCCACAGAAUUCGGACAGUCGUACGGAUACCUUGAGUAUAAUGUAAAAGACAAAGGAUGGUAAUUGGUUUUUCAAGAUGUAAUUUGAUAAUAAAAACUUUUUUUUUCUAAA